UCCCUUUCUCUCUCUCUUUUUUUCCCCUUUCUUUCGCGAAGGAGAAAAGGAGAUCCACCCAAAAAGGCGGCGCGUGGGGAAGGCGUGGGUUUCUUUCUUUCUUAUUUUCUCCUCCACCUGGAACUUUCUGUCCCAAAUCUGUGAAAUGGGUGGAAGCGGGGAAGCGUGGGGUGCCUGCAGGAGACUUCCUCCAACUCGGAAGCGCUUCUUUUAAGCGGCACCGGAGGGGACUUGGGGUUUUCAAAGAAAGCGGUGCGUGACUUCAAGGGCUUUGUGACUUCACUGGCGGGGGCGGGUGGCUCACGGCCCUCUGUGACCCCCAGGCCUCCUCCUCCUCCUUCCCCCUCCUUCCUCCUCUUCAUCUUCCUCCUCCUCCUCCUCCUCUUCCUCGAUGGCUGGCCCCGGAGAGAGCCAGGCGCUGCUCCCGGGCAGAGGAAGGUGGGCGCAGAGGAUGCCCGGCUGCCUCAAGGGCGCGGCCCUCUUCCCGGCCCUCCUCGUCUCCUGGUCUUCCUCCGCCUUCAUCGUCUCCUACGUGAUCGCCGUCCUCGAGGGACACGUGGAGCCCCUCUUCCCCUACAUCAGUGAUACAGGAGCAAAACCUCCAGAAAGUGGUAUAUUUGGAUUUAUGAUUAACGGUUCUGCCAUCCUAGGUGCAGUUACAAUGUAUAUCAGAUACCUAAUUGUAAAAAAGCAAAAUGAAAUUACGGAUUUUAUUUCUCCUUGGUGCAAUCUGGCGGCACUGACCAUUGGGCUGCUGGGCUGUAUUGGAAUGGGAAUUGUUGCAAGCUUCCAGGAGCUCACAGUCCCUGCUGUACACGAUGGAGGAGCCCUUGUGGCAUUUCUCUUUGGUACUUUCUACAUUAUGUUUCAAACAUUCAUCUCUUACAAAUCGUACCCGCAGUGGAGUACUCAGUGUAUAUGCCUCAUAAGGCUGUUCCUCUCUAUAAUUACUGCAGUCGCUAUCCUCCCCAUGAUUGCAUGUGCUUCACUAAUUUCCAUAACAAAAAUUGACUGGAAUCCAGGUGAAAAGGUAAAACCUCAUUAGGUAAAAUAUUUCAUUCU